CCGGGCGGCAGUUACUGGGCAGGGCGACAAACAUGGCGGCGUCUGGGAGCAGCGGCGCUGGCCGGGCGGAUAACGGCUACGGGAGCCAGCAGCCCCGGCGGAGGAAGGGCCCAGGCGCCCUGGCCACGACCUAUCUGGUCAUUUACAACGUGGUGAUGACGGCGGGAUGGCUUGUUAUAGCAGUUGGUCUAGUCCGAGCAUAUCUGACUAAGGGUAGCUACCAUAGUCUUUACUACUCAAUAGAAAAGCCCUUGAAAUUCUUCCAAACUGGAGCUCUGCUUGAGAUUCUACAUUGUGCAUUUGGCAUUGUUCCCUCUUCUGUUGUCCUGACUGCUUUCCAAGUGAUGUCAAGGGUCUUCCUGACAUGGGCUGUAACACACAGUGUAAAGGAGGUACAGAAUGAAGAUAGUGUCCUCUUAUUUGUUGUUGCCUGGACGAUCACUGAAAUUAUCCGUUACUCCUUUUAUACAUUUAGCUUAUUAAACCACCUCCCUUACCUCAUCAAAUGGGCCAGGUACACACUGUUCAUAGUACUGUAUCCAAUGGGAGUCUCAGGCGAAUUACUCACAAUAUAUGCUGCUUUGCCCUUCGUCAGACAGGCUGGCUUGUAUUCCAUUAGUUUACCUAACAAAUACAAUUUUUCCUUUGAUUACUAUACAUUCCUGAUCCUGGUUAUGAUCUCUUAUAUUCCAAUCUUUCCUCAGUUGUAUUUCCACAUGCUACAUCAGAGGAGAAAGGUACUUUCCUAUACUGAAGAACACAAGAAAUCUGAAUAAUUCCAGCUCUUUUUCAGAACUUUUCACACACCAAAAUGCUGCAGACUUUCAGUAACCCAGCACAUUUAUAUAAAAUAAACCAGGAGUAUAAAAAUUAAAUAGGACGUUUAAAAAAAAUGUAGAAAGAAUAACUAAUGUGAUGAUUUUCUUGAAAUUUCACCAUGUAAAACACUAGAAUAUCAUUUUCAGCAUGCAUUGCUAUGAGAAAUUUGUGGCUUUGACUUUUUAGCCUUUUAUGUUUCUUUAAUUUAUAUGCUAACAAGACUUCAAUUUAUCACUUGACACCUGAAAGUUACAAAAUGAGUGAUAAAGUUGAACCCACUAAGUGCAGUGCUUGAAUUGGGAUUAUAUUAUUAUUGUCAUUGCUUUUUAAAAGCGCUUGACUACAUGCCAGAAAUUGUAUGUAUUGCUGUAGAGGCAAACUAUAUUCUCUGGAAUGCUCUAAGAUUUUGGCUGGGACUCCAGUAACCAGGCAGAUUGUUUAAAUCUAGCAAGAGAAUUUCCUAACUUGAAAGGCAAGUGGGAGGGAGAGCAGGGAAGCAAUUAUUGAAACUGAAGGGAAAUGUGAUUCUCAAGGAAUUUAAAAAGUACGGUGUCCUACCAGCAUAUGUUAUCUAAAGAUUUAACUGUUUAUUACCUCAAGCUCUGUUCCAGUAUUGUUCCUACAGAGCUGUAAUAUUGCUCUGAAAUAUUAAAACUGCCUUGAGUACAGCAGCCUCAGAUCACUUUUUUGAAAUACAUAGGGGGGAAAAGUGUAAUUUUAACUUUUCUGAAAUAAUUGGGUAAAGCAAUGUCAUCAGUCAUGGACCUGUACAGAGUGACACCAAGACAUGUCACUCGGUUGCUCAGUGUUUUCGUCCCUUUAUGGCUUUAAAUUAUCCCCAUAACUUGUAACUGUUGUCCACUAGCUCAUUUAACCUCUUUCGUUAACACACUUGUAAACAGAGAAGAUUCAAAUACAUUUCUGACUUUCAACUUUAAGAAUAAAUGUACACAAUCACAGUCUAAAUAUGUUCUAUACAGAGCCUUUUUCCAAAUUGUGUUUUGCCGCUUGAACUUAAAGAUGAAUAGGCAACAAUUUCAGUGAUACUGUUAAAUCUAAUUUUAAUGAUGCUAGUAAGCUAAACAUUUUUUUUUAAAUGUAGUCAUUCAUAGAGGGGCAGUAUUUCCAUGAACAGAUUUAUAGUUACAUUUGUUUUAGGUUUUUCUGAAGAAGAAAAAAUCUAAAUCUUUUCAUUACUACUUUUUAUUUUUGUUGGCAAUACUGUUUCUUGUUCCAUUGAAAAAGUACAGCUGAAUUUUAUCAGUGCUCAAAAUGGUAAAGAGCUUUCGAUAUGUAAAUAGCGAAACCUUAUAAUGCAGCAGAAAUGAUACCAUGGCAACACUGGGGAGGGGAGAAAACCUAGAGAUAAUAGUACUGGUCUGUUUUAGAGAAAUAUAGCAGUGUGUUUGAUUUACUGUAUAAAAUAAUGUAAAUAUACAUCUUUAUUGACCAAUAAAUCUCUCCUCCUACCCCCUUCAGAUUGGCUAUCCAGGUUAAUUAUAGCCUGUGUUUUCAAAUGGAGGAACGCAAAUACAUACAUAGACACAUAAAUCACAAUGGCCUGAGUUUCACAAGUUCUGAACACUCAGAGCUCCCAUUUGAAAUCAGUGGGAAUUCUGGAUGCUCAAUUCCUUUGAAAACCAAGCCACUUCGAUUUAGGUGACUAAAUAUGGAGUUAGGAGUCUAACUUUAGACUCCCAUGUCUAAACAUUUUGGCCUAUGUGAAUGAUAUAUGAAAUGGGAUACGUUAGCUAUAUUGAUGGGAAGGAGGCUUGUACAAUAGUUUUAAUUAGAUGGCUUUGGGUUUGCUAAGAAGCAGAGAGAUUGCCACAAAUUUUUGAGAAUGGGGAGAAGGCUCUGUAUAAUUACCUAUUUAGUUAGAUAAGUUUAUAUAUUUUGGGAUUUUAUCACUUCUCUACCAAUAACACAAUACCGUAUAUAAAGGUAAUUGACCACACAUGUAAAUUAACUCCUACAUUUUUUUUAAAAAAUGGAGCUAGCAUUCGCAGAUGUGAAAAAUACAUU